AAUUCAUCUUGAGCUAAAAAAUCAAACUCAAAACUCUGAAAUGAAGGUAUUUCAUUCUGUCCUUUGUGGAUAUGUCUUCACUGCUGCUGUUUUUAUGGGACACUGUGUGUUGCAAACCAUUUCAGCCUCCUCAUUGCAGACUGAUGAGAGCCUGCCUGAAAAUUUCAUAGGGUUUUACUCAACCCCUGACAAAGUGGUAGAUGGCUCAGUGGUCCAUGUGCAGUAUCGUUGCUCCAGGCCAUGUCAGCUCGCAGUGGAAGUGUUGGUGUCCACAUUAAGGAAGACAGAUUUAGUCAUCUUCAGGAGGAAAUGGAUCAGCAACACACCCCGAGUCUACAGAAUCCACCAGGUGCUGCUCAGAUUGCCUCCAUCCAUUUUUUAUCAACACGACUUUUCAAACCAGCACGUACUAGACGCCCAGAAUGGGACAGUUCGCGCUUGGUUAGACCAUCUUAAUGAUGGCAGGGAACACGGGACAUACCACGGCUCCAUGUUGAGGGUUUAUAAAGUGCUGCAGAUCGAGCCACUCUCGGCACGUCCAACUAAACCCCCAACUGAGUGCCCUUCAUGGUCUGCUCAACUGAUGUGGCAAAUAACCAAAGACAGAAUUCGUCAAUGUCCACAUGAGUCAGAUGUAAUCGAUAUGCUGAAGUUCCCACUGGCAAGUCCUGGUGAGCACUUUGGAGUGGUCCGCAGGUUCCAGCCUUUUAUUGACAGAGCUCUGGAGAGAGCCCGUCUUCAUGCUGUGACACAGCCCAGCGCCACCUUAUCUGUGUGGAUCUACCUACUGAAAUGGUGUCACGAGAAGCUCUGUGGGAUCAUCCAUCACGUCGAUAAAGAAAAUGCAUACGACUCUGUUCUGAUGCAGCUAACUGACACAGGGGACGUCAUAAUUCAGGCACGUGUGACAACAGGAGAAGAUGAAGCUUUCCGAGCCAGGGUAGUUUUGCCCCGACGGAAAUGGAUUAGAUUAGACUGUUACAUACAGGACUCAAAGGUGCUGCUGGCUUCAACAUGGGAUGGUCAAACACACAGAUUUGAAUUAAGAUUUCAUAACAGUAUUCAUUAUGAUGACACUGAUGGAUACUUUGUAAUCGGAGGAAGCAAGUACAUGCCGGGCAUCCACGGGUAUUUUGGGCCUAUUAAAUACUACCGUUUUGGAACUAAUGAGGUAAAAAAUCACCUAGAGUCAACAUUACAGGAGCUGGAUAAGACUCAUCAAGAGUGCGAGGAAAUGCGAGUAUUUACACAAGCUUUUCUCCAAGAAGUAACUGACAGUCACGACACGUCACCGAUUAACACAGGUGUGUGCAGCCCCCACUUCAUAGGACCGUGGGAUCAGUAUGGAAAGAAAAACUGCAUUCAAACAUGGAGCUGGGAAAGACAACUUCAAUACAGCACGCUUUUUCAUUUCUUGCAAACAAAAGAGGAGGAAAUCAGCACAGGAUCUUUGGGUAUGAAGGACCUCAGGAGUGCUUUGUUUGCGCAGGCAGUUGAUACGAUGUUCACUGAAGAAAAGAAAAUCACAUUAAAAUCAACAACUCUGCUCCAAGCAGCCUCCUGCUUUGGAAAUCAUGAAGCGUCUCUCCUGUUGGCCACUAUCCACCUCUCCGGCCUGGGGCACUCAGUCAGUCAGCAACAGGGUCAUGUCUAUAGUUUAAUUGCUGCAGCUGGUGAUAAUCGUUUCGCCCUGAUGCAUGCUGGGUACAAGCACUCACAAGGAAUUGAUGGGUUUUCAAAAGACUUGGACAUGGCUUACAGCUACUACUCCAACGCUGGGGCGCAGAGCAACAUUGACAGUUACAGGAUACAUGAGAAGGGGCAACACACACUUGAACCAAUCUAUCUAAGCAAUGAAGAGGAUCUAAAACGCUUCACAGACGAGACAAGCGAUGUCUUUCACUAUCUGAAAUACCAAGCACAGAGAGGAGACGUAGAAGCUCAGAAACGUCUGGCCUCACUGCUUUACUGGGGACAACAAGGAGUCUCAAAAGACAUAGUGAAUGCAGUGAAGUGGUUUGAGAGAAUUGCCAUGCAGGCGAAAGAUCCUUCAGCGAUGUACGACUACUCCGUCCUACUGAUGAAGGGCCAAGACGUGAAAAGAAACUACACCCGAGGUUAUAAGCUGCUGAAGAAAGCUGCAGAGAUGGGCUCAGUUGACGCCCUGAAUGGUUUAGGCUGGUACCAUGGGUCUAUUCUGAAGGACCACAAGAACGCAGUGAAAUACUUUGAGCAAGCAGCGCUAAACGGGAGUGAAGACGGUAUGUUUAACCUGGGAAUUUAUCAUCUCAGUGGGAAAAACCCGGACAGCCCGCAGAGGAAUGAGUCGGCUGCAUUCUUGCUGUUCCUGAAUGCAUCUCGGCUUGGACAUGUAGCAGCAUCUGUGGAGGCAGCUUGGUACCUUUCGACAGGAAGCCUGGAGGGGGUGUCUCAGGAUGUGGAGAGGGCUGUGAUAAUGCUAAAAAAGGUCUGUGAACAGAACGGACACCUUGGAUUUAUGAUCAGAGAUGCUCUCCAGGCCUACCUCCAGGGCUCUUGGCAGAGAGCGUUUGUGAAGUAUGUUUUGGCAGCUGAAACUGGUCUGGGUUUGGCCCAGAGCAAUGUUGCGCACCUGUGUGAGGAACUGAAUCUCAGCGAUGAUUGUCGGUGGAGAUAUCAUAACCACUCUAUAUUAAACUAUGAUCCCCAUCCGUCCGCUCUGCUGAGAAUGGGAGACCACUACUACUGUUCCUCCAGCAGGAGUGAAGACUCAUUAUCCUUGGUUGGUCAGGCCAUAUCGAUGUAUGGCAGAGCAGCUCUAGCAGGCAGCCCUCAGGGAAUGUACAACUUGGUCCUUUUGGCACAACAAGGGCACAUUCUCCCAUGGAGCAUCCGUGACUUGUUUAAUGUGUCACAUCGUGAUGAGCAGGAUAUUGUGGAGAGGAUCUUAGAAAGAUGUGUGGAGACUGAAGAAGAAGCUGUAACACCCUGUUCGUUAGGUCUGCUCAGAGUCCAGAUGGGAAAAGCCUUGAGGAGAAUGACUCAGAACGCUGCACAGCUCCUCCUGGUAUAUGCAUCUCUUCUUUCUGUCGUUGUCAUUAUUGUCAUUUUGCCAUUGCAGAGCUGUCUUGAACAAAGCGUUCCCAGUGGCAGAGUGUCUGCACUGCGGGCAGGGACAUCAUCGGUCAGCCAAGAUGGUGUCAACUUGAAUAGAGAGCAAAAUGGCAUCAUGAUAGGAGGAACCUACGGAGCGGCAGGGAAUCUAUGGCUUACCAUCCUGAAUGGGCAGCACUGGCUCCGGCAGACCUGCGAUUUGGCCGUGACUCUGUCAGGCGUGUGUCUGUGUGUUUUCUGGACCACACUCCUCUAUCAUCUGCAAUGACAUACAAUGCCCAGCGCAGUGAUCCAAUAGCCACAGCAAAAGCCCCAGACACUACAUAUUGUAAGAGCAUACAUUUAGAGGAUGAGUUAGAGCACUAUUCAUGUGACACAUUUGUGUUUCAGAGACAUGUGACUCAUUUUAAGUUACGGGAUGGGAAGCGGAGAAGUGCUGAUGAGAGUGUGAGCGUGCUGCUUUAUCAGAAUGGUGAUAAUGUUUCUUCAGUAACUGUGUUUUCCCUUGUUUUGUUUGUGGGAUAUAAAAUACUUACCAUGCAGUUCUUUUAAUUAAUGCUGAGUCCGAACUGCACUUUAUAUGGUCUCAGGGAUGUGGUGCCAAGGAAGCAGAGUGGACCUACUUUUAUGCAACGUGAACAACCAUUAAAAUCAUAUUUCAACACACAUCUUUUUUUGUUAUGUUAUAUCUUGUGAAGGUGAGUGAAUUCUGUUAUAGCACAGCACUGUUAAAUACAUUUAAAAGGCUCAUUACAGCCUCAGGGAUGGACGUCUUGUACUGGAAGCUGUGUUCUAAUAGGUCAGCUAUUAAGACUUGUUCCCGCACAUAUCAGCGACUUGAUAAGUAUCUCACCGGAGACCGGACAUGCAACAACAACAUGCAG